AUGGAUGUAGAUGACAAUCCGAGGCCCCAGAAGCGCAUCAAGCUAGAUAACAAAAGCCACUGCUUACCCCCCGAAAUUCUCCUGCUUUCGUUACCAAGCCUUGUGGCGCAUCCUCCAACACACAAACACCACACGCGUUCGCUUUUCCUGUCGCAACUUGCUUUACGGAAGUGCCUUUCGGUACCUGGACUGGACUCGAGUACGGAAUGUCGUGCUUGGACGGAGCUGGCGGAAGUAGGGCUGCGGAUUGGGUUGAACGAGCCGGGUGUGGAGAGGGAGGUAGAGAUGGCCAUCACGAAAGCACUUGUAAUCACUAAAAAACAUCCCUCUCUACGCGCCUUCAAGACACAGCUAACGCACCUCUCCUCCAAACUCGCCCUCCGCCAAAAUAAUUCACGAUUCGCGCAAAACACGCUCAAGAAACACCUCACCGACUCCAUCCUUCCCUCUGACCCGCCUCACGUUCAAUACUCCGCCCACCUCGCAUAUAUGUCUAGUUUGUCAACCACCCCGGACACCAAUGAUACCGGCCAUCAUCACUCCCCAUCCAGCGGCCGCUUGUGGGUGCUGACGGCUAUCCGAGACUUCCACCGACUCGCGACGAAUAACGGACACCAGCAAGUCGCGCUCCUGGCUACAGUCCUCGAGCUGCACGAAUACAUUCAAGCCGGGCUCUGGAGCAAGGUCGGGCAGUCGUUGACGAGCGUCGAAGAGCUUCUGGGGAUAACUUCGCACCUCAAGCCAGCUGCCACUCCCGCAGCUCCGUCGACGUCGAACCCGGAGCAGAAGCCACAGCCGUUAGGCGGAACAGACCUGGAGAAGGUCCUCGUCACACAAACGCUCAUGAUCGGCAUCAUCUACCACACCUACACCGGCGAUAACGCCAAUGCCCAAUCUCGUACGAAGAAACUGCACGAUAUGCUCGACGGUGGGGCUCUGGAGGCAUUCGGGAAAUUCGGGGUGGUGGAGGUGGACUUGGGAGGUGCGACGCCGCUGCUGAUGCAGGUUACGCACCCAAAGGUUGUCUUUGGGCUUGGGUUCCUGGUUAGCAGUGUGGCGAAGCGAGACCCGGUGGGGCGGAAGCCGAAGAGGAGGGUGUUUGCGAGCGAGGGUGUGGCAUUGCUGGAAAGGGAGGUGAGGAAGGAAGUACCGCUUCCUCUGUGGGCCUCUGUUGCGGAUGUACACGAAAUCCAGUUACGAAUGCAGAAGAUGAAAGCCGAUAUGCUCUGCGAGCUGAUAGGGGUCGCGAUAACUCGAAGCGAAUUUGACGACGCAGAACGCCUCAAGUUAUCGCUCAUACACGGACAUACGGCCUCUUCUCUGCGUACAGUCCUCGUAUCACCCUCCAUCAAGCCCAUCUUGCACACGCACUCGCGCAAACAGAUCGUGCGUGGAAGUGCUAUCAGGUUGCAGCCUUCCUAUCCCGUAAACGAGCUUCAAUUGCCCUCAACUGCCAAUGCCUCCAAUGCACGUCACCCCCCUCGCUUGACACCCAACGCCAACGCCAACGAGGAGGAGGAGGACGGCUGUGAAGAUUAUUGGGUCAACGUCUCGGCACGAGCAGGCGCCAUGUGGCUCCGUGUUGGAGUUGCAAGUGCGACUGAGGACGACGAGGAGAGGGAGGAUGCGUUGGAAGCGCUCCGAAUGCCGGGUAUGGAGAUAGCGAAGGAGUGUGAGGGCUUGGGCGGGACGUUGCAGACGGUAGGCGCGGUCCUGACGGCGUGCUUAGCGAAGGAGUUUUUGGUUACCAAGACCCACCUGCGAACGGCACUGCAGUUAACGAGCGCAGCGGGCGACAACCACUUGCGCGCGCUCAUCCUGUGUCUCAUCGCUGAGCAGUACCUCCAUACGUCGAUGGAGCAUGCAGAGACGAUGCUCGGCACCGCGGAGCAGAUCGCGGCGGGGCUUGGGGCGCAGCCUAAGCCUAAGCCGCUGAAGGAAGCUGCUGGGUCCAAGGGAAAGACACCAGUACCAACGGCACCAGCACCGACUGGGGUAGGCAACGCACACUUGAGGCUAUGGAUCGGGGAGAGGUCUUUAGAGCUCAAAAGGCGAGCAGGCGACGAGGAGGGCACGACGAAACAGGCUAUGAUGAAUGACAAGCUUGCGAGGGAAACGGAGAAGGUGGAGACGCGAAGCUUAAAAGCUCGAUAG